CUGUCAUUGACGUGAUCAACACGCUUGUCACAUUAAUUAAUUUUUUCGUUCGGAUUUAUCACUCAAUUUCAUUACAAAAGCUACGAAGGAGACAAUCGGCACAUAAUAAAAUCAAGGCUGGUGGGCUUCACUAAUCGAUCACGAAAGAGCAAUAUGGAGGGCCAUGCAACUUCUGAUAUUGUAAUAUUGAGUGGCAACUCGCACCCGGAAUUAGCCGAUUUGGUUGCGAAUCGACUGGGAGUUCAUACUGGAGGAUGUUCAGUUUAUCAUAAAACCAACAGAGAGACUAUGGUAGAAAUUGCAGAUUCCAUCCGAGGGAAAAACAUCUACAUUGUUCAGACUGGCACUAAAGAUGUGAACAACAACAUCAUGGAACUAUUAAUAAUGGCUUAUGCGUGCAAGACAUCAUCUGCACGUUCAAUCGUUGGAGUUAUUCCAUACCUUCCAUACAGCAAACAAUGCAAAAUGAGGAAACGCGGGUGCAUAGUCACAAAGCUUCUUGCUAAGAUGAUGUGCAAGUCUGGGCUCACCCACAUUAUAACCAUGGAUCUACAUCAAAAAGAGAUCCAGGGCUUCUAUGAUUGCCCAGUGGAUAAUCUCAGGGCUUCGCCCUUUUUGUUACAAUAUAUUCAAGAAAGUAUUCCAGACUACCGAAAUUCGGUGAUUGUAGCUCGUAACCCUGGAUCGGCUAAGAAAGCUACUUCUUAUGCUGAGCGUCUGCGGCUGGCCAUAGCUGUGAUUCACGGGGAGCAGAAGGAAGCUGAGAGCGACGAAGUUGAUGGACGGUAUUCCCCACCGUGUAUACCUAGUGUGGACAGAUCUCGUACAAUGGAUGUAUCUGUGGGAGUUCCAGUGCACCCAGCGAAAGAAAAGCCGCCAAUCAACGUUGUCGGUGACGUGGGAGGAAGAAUAGCCAUUAUGGUGGACGACAUGAUUGACGACGUCCAAUCGUUCGUCGCCGCUGCGGAAGUACUGAAAGAGUGCGGUGCGUACAAAAUAUACGUAUUAGCUACACACGGACUCUUAUCAUCUGAUGCCCCUCGGCUCAUAGAAGACUCGCCCAUAGACGAAGUGGUGGUCACUAACACCGUGCCUCACGAGCUACAGAAGAUGCAGUGCAACAAGAUCAAGACCAUAGACAUAUCCGUCUUACUCAGCGAAGCGAUCAGGCGCAUCCACAACAAAGAAUCUAUGUCAUACCUCUUCAAGAACGUCACUCUCGAAGAUUAGUUUCCGUUGUUGGUGAAAAGUAUUUUUCAAGGGCUCAUAUUUAAAUGAUCAUCAAAAAAAUAGUAAAUGAUCCUCAAAAAAGUACAAUAGGUAACCCAACCAAACAUUUAUAUGUAUGUAUAAGUUACCAAUUAUAUUUUUAGGUAAUAAUUUACUAUUUCUUUGUGGAUCAUUUAAUAUUUUCCUUUUUCUAGUAUUAAAUCACACUCGUAUCCUUACCCCCGCUCGCACCAAAAUUCUUAAAUAUAAUCUGAAACAAAAUCUUGUUUUAACCUUAUUUUAUAACUUUUUUCAACUGACAAAAAUGAGGUUAUGCUUUAUACAGGAUUGUGCCAGAGUUGGAUUUAAGAAUGUUGUUGCAAGUGGGCUUUAAUCUAUUUUACCAUUGAGACUAAGCAGCUUUCCGUUAUUUUAUAUAACUUCUGUAUAUAAAAAAAUUGGGCACAAGGCAAUUCGAACAAACGAAAAACAUCUUAGGAUCUACAGUCACUAAAAACAUAUUUGUAUACUAUGUAUAAAUAUGUUUGGUAGCAUGAAACAAAUGAAUGCAAUAUGAUUUCUGUUAUAUAUUUUUUUUUAUUAAACCGGUGAAAGAAUAAAGGAAAUCCGUUUGUGAGUGCGGGGUAAUUUUGAAAGAAUAAAGGCUAAUUGAAAGCUUCUUUUUAUAACAUCAACAGAC